UAAUGAGUGCACUUGUUCCUCCGGAGGUAUCACCGCUUCGUUUUAGUGGGAGUUGUUGAAAGCUAUAAUUUCCCUGCCCUGCCUCGCCUGGAAAUAAACAGAGAAACAAAGAUUUGAUUUAAACUUCCGCUGUGCGCCGUGCUGCUGCAUUUCAACACCGGAGCCAUGAGGAAGCUCUGGAAUAAAUAACGCUGGGGGAAAAACAGAGCUGAACUCUAGCCUAUAAGAGGGAUUGUGAGUCCACAUAGCAGAACAUAGUGCACCCAGUAACACAAUAAAUAAAGUUCAGGGGAGAGUGUUUCUCCCCCAUCCUCCCAUGGCGCCCCUGCCUGCUCCCUCACCCCAGGUAUGACAAUCACCCCCACAAAUUACAGAGCCCAGCGUGCUACCUCCUCUGACAACGAUAGCAGCCCCAGAUCCCGUCCAGCGCAGAUGGAUGAGCUUGAUAGCCUACGAGGGAAACUCUUCACUGAGGACUCGGUUCUGGCUUCCUUUGUGACUGAGCCCAUCAACCUAGAAGAUAACCACUAUGCUCUGUUGCGAAGUGAGAUGGAGUCUGACGCCCAGGACCUGGAGGCAGAGUCCUGGAGCUUGGCUGUGGACCAGAACUACCUCAAGAGCCUGAACAAAGAGGCUGUCAAAAGACAGGAUGUCAUCUAUGAGUUGAUCCAGACAGAGAUGCACCAUGUGCGUACCAUAAAAAUCCUUCUCUAUGUCUACAUGCACGAGCUAAGAGAGUCUCUGCAGAUGGAGGACGCCAAGCUGGAACGUCUUUUCCCAGGACUGGACGUCCUGCUCCACCUCCACCAGCACUUCCUCAUCUGCCUCAAAGUGCGGCGCACGCAAAGCCUGGAGGCAGGCUGUCCAAAUAACUACCAGAUCACACAGCUCGGGGAUAUACUCAUUUCUCAGUUUUCAGGUGAUCUUGGAGAAAAAAUGAAGGAGUGCUAUAGUGUUUUCUGCGGCCACCAAACUGACGCUGUUGGUUUCUACAAAGAGCAGCUACAGAACAGCAAGAAGCUGCAGGGCCACAUGAGGAAAAUUGGCCAGCUGCCCCUUGUGAGAAGGUUGGGCAUCCCAGAGUGUUUUCUCUUAGUGACUCAACGAAUCACAAAAUACCCCGUCCUGGUAGAGCGAAUCAUACAGAACACUCAAGCUGACACAGAGGAGUAUGAUUCUCUGGUUGAGGCCUUAGCGCUCAUCAGAAACACGAUCUCCGAGGUCAACACCCAGGUCAGCGAAUAUGAGAAAGCUGCUCGUCUGAGGGAAAUCUCCCAGCGUCUGGAGCCCAAGUCUCGGGGCCGACUGAAGGACGGCAGGGUCUUCCGCAGAGAGGAUCUGAUCCAAGGCACCAGGACACUGCUGCAGGAAGCCACCUUCGUCUGGAAGGCAGCCUCCGGUAGAAGCAAAGACAUCCAUGCUGUACUGCUAUCAGAUGUGCUCCUCCUCUUACAGGAAAAAGAUCAGAAACUGGUAUUCGCUGCUGUGGAUAACAAGCCGCCGGUGAUCUCCCUUCAGAAGCUGAUUGUUAGAGAGGUGGCAAAUGUAGACAAAGCCAUGUUCCUUAUCUGCGCCUCCUCCAGUAUGCCAGAGAUGUACGAGAUCCACACCAGCUCCCGAGAGGAAAGGAAUACCUGGAUGGCCCUCAUACGGGAAGCUGUGGAGACUUGUCCAAAGGGAGAGAAGGAGCUGUACAGCGAACAGGAGGCCAGCGCCAAACUGCAGGAAUUCCAAGAUGGUCUGAAGAUGAAGGAUGACCAGAUAGUGCAAAGCCUGACAGACAAGCUGCAGAUGUUUGCCGCCUUCUCUGAGACUGUGACGGGGAAUGAAAGCCCACAAACCAGACUGCUGCUGCGCGGAGACGCCACCGACCUCCAGCAGGGGGAGACACUGCUCAAAGGAGCUAUUUCUGAAGUGGAAAACCUGCAGAAUAUGCUGUUUUCUUGGAUGAAGGCUGCAAACCUUCUUGUAGAGGAGAACCACGGGCAGGCGAGGCAGCUCAGGAGGGCUGAGACCUUCGGGGGGAUCAGCAGUAACCCCGUUGCCAGCACCAUGAAAAAUGGAGAUACAUCCGAGAGGCGAGGUAGCAGCGAGGGCCUUCUGAUGGGCCACAUUCAUCAGGCCAGCAGUGACCCCCAGCUCCUGGAAAUCGACCACUUUGAGAACCUGGAACAGUCUGCUGAUGAUGAGACACAAGUGCCACAUUGGAAUUCAACCUCCAAUUCUUUCCCUGUAGCAGAGGCUUAUGACAGGGUGAUAUUGCUCUCACAGAGGCUAUACAGCUUGCAGGCCAUCAUCAUCCAGCAGGACAGCCAGAUCGAGUUGCAGCGGGCUUUGCUGUCGGAUCAGGAGCGGCCCUCCCGCCAUCGCAGCAACGUGCUGCUGGAGCAGGAGAAGCAGCGCAACUUUGAGAAACAGAAGGAGGAGCUGGCCAAUUUCCAUAAGUUGCAGGCGCAGCAUCAGCUGGAGCAGCAGCGCUGGGAGAAGGAGAGGGAGCGCCAGAAGAUCCAGGCUGAGACCUUGGAGGCCCAGCUCCUCCAGAGGGAGGAGGAGUGCCAGAAGCUGGAGCAGCGGCUGGAGGAGGAGAGGGAGGAGCUAGAAAAGCAAAGGCAGACAUACCAGGAGGACCUGGAGAGGCUGAGGGAUGCAAUGAAAAAGGUAGAAAAGGAGAAGGAGCUUCUGGAGCAGCAGAACAAUUUAAAGAGGCACAGGAGCAUAGUACACCCAAGCCAUGUGAACUAUGAUGAUCCCACACAGUUCUUGCAGGUUUCUCACUCCCCGUCAUUCAGAGGAGACAAAGGGAGCACAGGUGGGCUUCUGGCCUUAAGCCCCAAGUCACAAAAUCGGGCCAACAUCUCCAAUGCUGACCCCAAAGAAGUGCCCCCCGUGGUGCCCCCGCGCAAGGAGAGCAUCAGCCCCCAGCCCGCCAAGGCCGAGGUGCCCAUCCACCUGAUCAGCACCACUAAUCAGGCCCACAAACAAGGGGCCGUGCAGCAGCAGAUCCCCACCAAGCUGGCUGCCCUCAGCAAGGGCAAGGAGAAGAGUUUUAAAAGCAAGAGGUCCCACCAGAGAACACAGAGUGCAGCCUCUAUCGACAUGAGCCAGGUGGUGCCUAUCAGAGUGACUGGGAAAGAAGGAGGCAGUCUGAGAGCCAAAAGGACAGCGAGUCCUCAGAGGAUCUACCAGUCAGAUCUUUUCAACCCACCUGCAUCCGUCAAAACCUCUGAGUCUUUCAGCACACAAAAGAGGAGCAGCAGAGCUUCUCCACCUUUGCCACCUCCUUUUCCAAAAGAUGUGGCCGAAACAAAGAAGGAGAAGGUAAUAUUCCUUUAAGCAUGAACGACAGACCGCUGUUGGGAAGAGUCUCAUCCUGCGUACAGGACAGCACAUUUGGAACGUCUGACUACUCUGUUGAGACUGUGGAAGACUUCAUGACGUCGACGUAUGAGCAGUAUGAGGCGGCCAGUCACUGAUAUGAUAUGGUUAUCAUUGAGCCAACUGUAUAAGCUGGAGACUGAACUUGAAGAAAAAUGAAAGAACUACUGAUGGACACACUUUUGUGAAAUCUGUAUCUGUUUGGUGCACUAACAAGUUAUUUAAAAAAAAAUGCACAAAAUGAGUCGCAUUUGUGCCUGUUUGCACAGUGGGGAAAAAUGUAAUUUUAUAUUCACAUGUUGCUAACACUUUUAAAGAUUUUGCGCCUUUAUUGCCAAAGACUUUUCUGAGAAGUCCUUUUUAUGCCUUUUUUUUUUUUUAAUGAAAAUAGGUUGUGCCGGUAACCACUUAGCACUCAAGUCUUAACCUUUAAUAGCUUUCUUUUGUAUUUUAUGAAGAAUAUAUGGUGUUGUAAGGAAACUAUAUAAAGCUGCCAUGUUUACAUACAUGUAGAUCCAAAGUGCCAAGCCCAUAAUUGUAUUUCAGGAUGCAAAAGGCACUCUGUAAAUCUAUACUGUGGACCUGCUGCUCAGCAUCUGUUAUGUCUAAAUACAAAUGAUAUCUAUGGAAGAUCAUGGAUGUUAACUGUCAAUUUAAUAUGUUUUGGGAAAGAGGUACUUUGUGAAUACUUUCUACUGUGAAAGAUGAGUAAAGGACCUGUGGUACUUUGUGCACUUCUUGAUUGACUCAGUCCAUAAUACAAGCAUCAUUAUCAGCAGAGUUUUAGUUAACCAUAGACAAUUACUUGCAUGUAGAAGAAUGCAACUGAAUUGAUCCUGAGUCACACGUUCACUGUUUUUGAAUUAGCAUGUUGUGAAAUUAAGACUGUAAAUUAUUUCGAGAGUGAAGGCAUUUGCUGUGGAUGGAAGGCAAUGGAUGCUGUCAGCAUUUUGAAAUGUCCUGCUGAGUUUCCCAGCCCAUAUGGAAUAAAAAGACGCUCAGUUUUCA